AUGUCGACCGUGGGCUGUACGGCAUUUGGGGACGUGCACCAAGCUCUCAGCCCGUCUCUGCGAGACCAUGGGAGAGCGACCACCGACCCCACGGAGUCAGCCUUGCGUCUCAUUGAGCCGGUGGGCCGCAUCAGCCCGUCUGAUAAACCCCAGCUGGAGGCGGAGGAUGGGGAGCUGAAGAUCGAGUCCGCCCUGAAGGAGGAGCCCCCGGGCUGUGACACGGCGCUGAAGACUGAGGCCGGGGCGGACACUGGGUGUUCUGAGGCCGGGGCUGACCCUGACCGGACAAAGCUGACGACGGAGCCGGCGGCGGGCGGUCCGGACGGAGACGGCGACGGUCCGUCCGUCUGUCCGCCGCCACAAAAGGAGAUCGUCAGCUGCGACUGCGACGUCAAAAACGAGGUGGACGUGGGUCCGGUGUACUGUCGUCUUGGCUCGGCCGCCACCCUAGAGGAGCUGAGACAGCAGCUGGCCGAACAGACUGGCUUUUCCACGGAACAGGUGCGCCUGGAGACGGUCAGAUACACGGGCCACGAAGGGAAGACCGAACAGGGCUGUCCCAUCGCCAAAUGGGUGCUCCGGCGGCGGGACGACUCCGAGCAGCUGCUGGCGGUGGCCAAGCGGCGGCCCGGACACCGGUGCCGCUUCACCUUCCUCGUGCUGAUGCUGGUGGUGUGGGACGCGCUGGCGCCGCGCCGAGCCGACACCCUCUACAGCUCGCUGGUGGAGCGGCUCAACCGGUCAGCCACGCCCACCAGGAGAGGGUGCGGCGCCAACCGGCCACGGACCUGCAUGUGCCAGGGCCUGGACUCCCGCUCCGAGGGCGCCUCCUUCUCCUUCGGCUGCUCUUACAGCAUGUACUUCAACGCCUGCAAGUUCGCGCGCAGCCACCAGGCCAGGAAGUUUCGGCUCAACCACCCCGAUCAGGAGGCGCCGCUGGAGCAGGAGCUGCAGGAGCUGGCCACCGAAAUGGCGCCGCUCUACCGGCGAGUGGCUCCCGUCGCCUACCAGAACCAGGUGCGCUCGGAGCAGGCGGCGCUCGAGUGUCGUCUCGGCCUGGCCCCGGGCCGGCCCUGGUCCGGCGUCACGGCCUGUCUGGACUUCUGCGCGCACGCCCAUCGCGACAUCCACAACACGCGCGACGGCUGCACCGCGGUGUUGACGCUGCUCAAACCGCGAGCGAGUGACGUGGAGGAGCCGCUGCCGGGCCAGGGUGGUCCAGGCGCCUCAGUGGGGCAGCCGGCGGCAGUUCAGUCGGGCACUCAGCUAGACCAGACCGACACUGCGGACGGAGAGAGAAUUUCUCAGAACACGGCUCCCGCUCCCGCGCGCCCGACGGCGGACCCCGCUGAGGGGGCGGACAGCCCCUCCGAGCCCCCUGACGAGCAGCUGCACGUGCUGCCCCUGUACGUGCUGGAAGAGAGUGGAGAGGAGCAGAGGGACGGCGUCCAGCGACUGCACAGUUACCCGGUGGAGAUCCGCCGGCGGGAGGUGCCUCUGGCCACAUGCACGGUACGUAGGGCUGCCAAGCGGCCGCUCUCCUCCCGCCCGGGCCCGGCGGCGGCUGCUCCCGGGUCCGCGCUGAGGGGCCGGGUGUCGGCCGCCGCCCGCCCCGUCCACUGGCCGGGUCUGCAGGAGGCGCUGGGCAGCUGCGGUCGGGCCGUGGUCGGCUGGCUGGGCGGCGAACCCGGCGCGCUGUCCGAGCUGCAGCCGGGAGCGGGGUCCGGUGGAGGCUCCCCGUCCGGCUGGUCCCCUCAGGGGAGUGCCUGGGAGGCCGGCGGGACGCCGCAGAGACUGCUGACGGCCGCACACUGGACCCCGGCCGCGGGGAGGGGGGUCAGUCCCCUGUCCGGGUACCGGACACCCGAGACGUACAGCGGUGAACUGCACUCUCCCCAGCCGCAGCACACCGCUCCUCACUGGAGUAACGGGUCCUCGCCGCUCGUCCCCGCCGGCUGGACCUCUGCCGGUGUCGUGUCCCGCUCUGCUCCCAUAUACCCCGAGACCCCAGCUCUGCCCCGUCUGUCCGACCCCGCGCUGUACCCGGGUACCCCGGCUCUGUCCCGUCCGUCGGACGCCCGUCAGCCGCUCGGCCCGGCCGCCGGGUCGGCUCGGACCGCGCCGGGUGACGGCCGGGACGUGCCCGGUGCUCCCGCUGUCGGCCCGGCUCGGCAGCAGGGGCAGAGUGUACUGCCGGGACAGGCAGUCAGUGGGUCGCCGGGCUCCGGCACAGCCGGCGGACGGGCUGAGAUGGACGGAGCGCACCGCUCCCACAGCGGUACACCCGAGUCUCCCACGAUGGCUUCGAAUGGCCAUACGCCCUACUCUCCAAAUACCCACACCUUCAGCCCAGGUACAUCCCACUCCCUCCCCUUUAUAUUGAACUCCCCCGUCAGGCACUCUCCUCUCCCCGAGACUCCCAGUGCUCCUCUGGAUCCUACUAUGGCUCCUGACGUCCCCCACUCCGGAUCUUGGACUGGGGCCGGCGGGGACCGUUCGGAGGCCGGCUGGGACCGUACGGAGGCCAGCGGGGGCCGUUCAGGGGCCGACUGGGAGCGCACGGAGGACGGUGUCCGGGUGCGCCGGUACCAGUCGGACUGCUCGGCCUCCUUCUCCGACCGCCGGGCGGGCGGCGUGGCCGUGGCUCUCACCCACGGCUCGCUGCUGCUCGAGUGUGCCGUGGACGAGCUGCACGCCACCACGGCGCUGCGCCGGCCCGACCGGCGCCGGCCCAGUCGCCUGUCGCUGGUGUUUUACCAGCACAAGGGCCUGCAGCGGCGCCGGCACGGCUGGAUCACGCUGGAGGAGCGCCGCCGGCAGCGGGAGGAGCGCCGCCGACAGCGGGAGGAGGGGAGGCGGGCGGCCGGGGCGGACCGUACCGCCGCCGAGACGGGCGGGGGGACCUCCACCACACAGACGUGGAGCACAGCGCCGCCGGCGGCCGUCCCCUGUCUGGUCACCGGGCCGUACGCGCCCUGGCAGAUGGGCUACGUGGCCGCCAUGGCGCCGCACCGGCCGAACCAGGAGCUGUUCAUCGUGUGAGCGCCGGACGGCAGAACCACUGGUGCCGAAGGGAGCGGGUCUCCCAGUCCCGGUUCUUGGCUCCCAGCUUUUAGCUCCAAAUCCCGUCUCUGCUCUCGAGUCUGCCAUGUCCCGGUUUUACGCUCACUACUUUCGAUUCCUGGUCGACCUCCGGCUAUUGUCUCCGGCUGUUGUACCCCCGGCUCCCGGCGGUCAAAUGGAUGCGGAUGCGGGGGUUGCCAGGUCCACUGCCUAGGGGACAGACGUGAUCAGCAGAACCGCCAGUCGUCUGUCUGGAUCGGUGUCAGGCUGUCCGGGUGGCUGUCUGGUGGCAAAUGACAGGCGACAGACACAUUGGGGAUUUCUGCGGCGCCCACGGCAGAUGAUUGCCUGUGGUGGAAUAAGACCCAUAUCGGAUAGUGGCGCGGGUUUUCACCUGGUCUGACAUCUGGUAGUUAUUAUAUGUCGGACAUGCUCAGCUCUCUUGUUCGCCAGGGUAUGAUAGCUAUGUGCUAUGCCAUAGUCAUUAUUCUUUAGUCUUUACUGAACGCAGCGAUGCGUUGAGAUGCCGCCUUGUUUUAGCACACCACUGCCAGUGUUGUACAAUUUUACGCAACGGUACAACGUGAGGCGAACUCUAAUGUCGGCGGAUGAAACUGCCGUCGGUUCAUGUCAUACGAUACCCGCCUCAGACCUCUCCGAUAAUAAUGGCCUACCGAGUAAUGAAGAUGCGUCUUUCCACUCACAUGUCACGCGGAGGAUAAAUUUGUAAAAGCUUGAUAGAACAUAUAGAGGUCAAUCCAUUUCUGAAGGUCAAUGUUUUGGGGCAUUAGCAUUCAGUGGAUAAGUAUAGGUACCAUGGCUAUCGCGUUUAAAUCGGAUUUAAUUUUGCGACGGUCGCUAUAGGCGGUGAGCUGAUUGCGACUGGCGGUCCGUGUGCCCUGUCUUAUAUCUGUGAUGGUACCGGCGCGGAGUUUUAUACCGACAUCCUCCUUGUGCACCUGUUGUCGUCCUGUGAGCCCUUUUCCGGCUGUGAUAGGUCUGGGCGUAAUUCGUGAAUUUCUGGGAGCUGAGACGUAGCGAUGGCGUCUUUUAUUGAUGAUCGAUUCGUGUCAUGUUUGUUGCAUUGUAUGCAGUGCUGCCGCUGUCUGGUUCUUGUUACGACGUCCUCUAUAAGGGAUCUGUCCCCGUUUGUAGUUUGUCAGUUAUGCGGUGUGUAACAUUUUAUAGGACUGUAGCCGUUGUUUUUAAUGUAUCUGUGUGUUACCCGUUAUAUUUGCCGCCGGUACCGAAUUGCCAUAAACACUAAUAUGAGUGCAUACAGUCACACUGAAAUCAGCGACGCCACUACACUGCCAGAGCUUGUUCAGCAGUCAAUAACUGAGUACAAAAACGACAGUACCUUUAUACCGAAUGUUCUAGCUGAGUCAUCAAUAGUGGCUCUCUGAAUGACUGAUGUCAUAGGAAUGUCGCCGCCAUAACUGCUUGUUUCAGUUCUAUUUUAGCUUGCCCUCAGUGGGAUUCGGUGAUAUGGCCGGCCUUUGAGGUCGGAUUGGGGCCGACCCCACAGCGGUUGUUAUCUAUAGGAUUCUAUCUGCGUUGUUUUGCAUGCGUGUGUUGGGUUUUAAUUUGUGGCUUCGUAAACUGUCUAUUUGUUUACCGUCGUCGUUUUAUCGGAUCGUGUGAUUUUAUUGGAAUAUGUCGAAUAUGGGUAACUGUGCGUCAUAUCAUUUUUCCACCGAGAUUGCCGUAUGUUUGACAAUACAGGGUUCGGUGC